AUGAAUCCAUUGAAGAAUCUAUUGAAAUUAGAGCCAGUAUCGAAACCAAAUUAUUCCUUAAAAUAUGUAUUGGAUUUUGCCACAAAACUCGGACUUGAGAAUAAAAAAAACACAUCUUCACAAGAAAUUGAAAGUUCGAUGCAAUUCUUGAAUUUAUUGAAGGAACUUUUAGAUUUUUUAGAGGAUUAUCAAAAAUUUAAUCAACAUUUGGAAAUUGUAAUGUCAAAUAAAGAAUCACUUUUAAUGAGAUUAAAAGAUCCUUAUGUUGGAGAUCAUAUAAACAUUGCAACAAGUAUUUCCACUUUAUCCCAUAAUCUAGAAAAUAUUAAAUGGUUUGAUGAAAAAGAUAAUCUAAUAGAUGAUCAAAUGGAAUCACAAAUUUCCAAAAAAUCUUCUUUAAUUGCAUUAUAUGAAAAUUACUCUAAUACGAUUGAUAGAUAUGGAAAAGCCUUAAAAAAUCUUUUGGAAUCUGCUGAAAGGAAAGAUUCUACAAUGAAUUCUUCAUCAAGAAAGGCCUAUGUUGUUGGCGUUGGUUUGACUAAAUUUAUUAAACCAGGAAGUGCAAUAGAUUAUCCAGAAAUGGCACUUGAAUCAACAGUAAAAGCUUUGUUAGAUGCAGGAAUUAUUUAUGAUGAUAUUCAACAAGCAUAUGUAGGUUACAUUUAUGGUUCUACAGCAUUAUAUUUGGCAUGCAAGGCUAUAGAAAGUGGAUCAAUUGAUUGUGCACUUGCUUUGGGAUUUGAAAAAAUGAAACCUGGGCCAAUGAAUUCAAUAUUCAAAGAUAGAACAUUUCCAAUUGUUGAAGUUAGUUCAAGAAUUAAAGACUUGGACAAUUCACCUCUUAUGGCACAAUUAUUUGGAAAUGCUGGAAUAGAAUAUUGUAAUAAAUAUAAUGCAACUUAUGAUCACAUGGCAAAAAUAAGUGAAAAAAACCAUUUGCAUAGUUCAAAAAAUCCAUACUCACAAUAUAACAAAAUUUACACAUUAGAACAAAUUAAAUCAUCACCAAAAAUUUAUGGCCCAUUAACAAAUCUUCAAUGUUGCCCAACAUCAGAUGGAUCAGCUACAGUGAUUUUAGCAUCAGAAACUUUUAUCAAAAAAAAUAAAUUAGAAAAUCAAUCAAUUGAAAUAGUGGACCAAAUUCUGUCAACAGAUUCACCUUCUUUAUUAGACACUAAAAGUUUUAUGGACUUGGUUGGCUUCAAUAUGACAAAGAUUGCCGCAAUGAAGAUUUAUGAAAGAUCCGGUGUUUAUCCUAAUGAUAUACAACUUAUAACUUAUGAUGCUCUAGGAUUGUGUAAACCUGGAGAAUCUCAUAAAUUAAUAGAGUCGGGUGACACAACUUAUGGUGGAAAAUAUGUUAUAAACCCAUCAGGUGGGUUGCUUUCAAAAGGACAUCCAGUUGGUGCAACUGGAUUAGCACAGUGUAUAGAAUUGGUAUGGCAAUUACGAGAAUGGGCAACAAAUCGUCAAGUUUCAAAUAUUAAAUAUGCAUUACAACAUAAUCUUGGUUUAGGUGGUGCUGUUGUAAUCAGCAUCUAUAAAAAACCAAAGUUUUUUUCAUUAAAUAAUAAUGUUGAUGGCAGAAAAAGAUUAGGUUAUAAUCCUGCUAUUGAAUCAAAAGGUAUUACAACCAAUGAUUUAGAUAAAGUAAAAUCUAAAAGUGACUAUAGUAAUUGGUUUUAUUCAAAACUUUAA